CAACAACACUCAUCAUCAUCAUCCAAUUUCUCAUCAUUAUGAUCUUUGAAACAGAACACCAAAAUUAAAAAAGUUUGCAAGAACAAAAAAAAAAAAAGAGAUAAGAUUCUUCUCUCUGUAUUUUUGAAAAAAAAUAUAUAUAAAUUUUUUUCUUGGCUUUCACGAAGUCUCUUUCUCUGGCUGCAAAAAUAUCAUCAAUAGCGAAAAGUCGCUUCUUUUUUCUUCUUCCAAAAUCUUUAAUUUUGUGAAACCGAAGAGAUAAGACGUGGAGAAAAGCAGACGUCUCUGUUGUUUGUUUUUGAUUCAUCGGGUUCUAAGGAUUUGUCUGUUUCCAAGACACAAACUUUGGAUUCUCUUCUCUUCCUGUUCGUCUUCUCUUGUCUUGAUCCUUUUGUUAUCAUCAUCAUCUCUUCAUCGAGAGAAGAGAGACGAGAUUAGGGAUUUAAGUUAAGGAGGAUGUAUUAUCAGUUGACCAAGUCUUCUUACAGAGACUCUUUGAAGAUUCUGGAGGCUGAUAUUGAGCACGCCAAUGGACUGUGAGUCAUCCUCUGAUUCUUUCUGGGUUCUUUGAUUUUUACUGGGUUUAGGGUCUUUAGUAUCGAUUGUUAUAGUUGGCUUCGAUGAUUUAGGGUUUAGGGCCCCACAAUUUUACAUUUUCGGUCGUUAUCACGAACUUAGAUUAUUAAAAAUCGAAACUUUGCAGAAAUGGUCAAAAAAUUGCUAAAUUUUGUGGCAUGCGUGGUGUGGUCUUGAUGCAUAUGUUGUCUGAAGAAAUGGGUUAAAUGUGAUUAGAAGGAUGGGCUGCUGAGAUUCCAAUGGGAAAGAGCGGUGUGCGACUUCAGAUGAAAUUGGUGUGCAGCAAUUUGGCUCCAUUCUUCAUAUUCCUGCUACAAUGGAUGGAUUUCUCAUGUCUGCUUCCAAGAUAUUUUGAUUUCUUCCACAUACUCAUAUACAAGGUACGUGCUGAUGGGCGGUGGAAUCGAUCUAGGUACGGAAGGAAAGCUACGAUUAGGGAGUUUUACGGUGUUAUAUUACCAUCACUUGAGCGACUUCAUAUCAACUUUGCUGACUUACCGGACGAAAGCUUGUGGUAUCCGAAUCCAAAAGCCAUCACCAAGAAGCAGUAUGACAUUGAAGGUAGCAGAUACAUGAAUAGCAUUGACUUGGAAAGAGAAGACGAAUGCGGGAUUUGCUUAGAGCCUUGCACCAAAAUGGUGUUGCCAAACUGUUGUCAUGCCAUGUGCAUCAAAUGUUACCGUAACUGGAACACAAAGUCGGAGUCAUGCCCGUUUUGUCGUGGCAGCAUCAAGAGAGUGAACUCAGAGGAUCUGUGGGUGCUAACUUGCGAUGAAGAUGUGGUGGAUCCAGAGACGGUCACCAAAGAGGAUCUUCUUCGGUUCUACCUCCACAUCAAUAGCCUUCCUAAGGAUUAUCCAGAAGCGGCCUUCUUAGUCUACAACGAGUACUUGAUAUGAUUUUAUCCCGAAACAUAAAUACGGGUGUACAGAGGGAGAGAGUGAUCCCAGACCUUUGAUUAAGUGUACAUAAGAAUCUGGUGAUCCAUUAAUGUUCCUUCGUUUUAGAUUAUGAUUUAUGAAGAUUGUCAUAAUCUUAAUGUGUACCCCUUUUAUUAUCAAAGAUCAAAUGAGAAAGAUGAUCUUCAUGUCUUC